AUGCAGCUAGAGGAGAAAGGUAUACAUCUGAAGCUGUACCGUAGAUACGUGGACGACUGCAUGUGUAUAGCUAGAAGGGAGCACAUCCAAACGAUCGUGGAUACGUUCAAUAGUUUUCACGAUCGUCUCCAGUUUACUGUUGAAAUGGAAGUGGGAGGGAAAAUAAAGUUUCUUGACAUGAUGUUGGAACGGGCGGAUGACCAAAUAAAUACAUCUUGGCUUCCGAAACAUUCUAACGGAAGGUACCUGGACUAUACGUCCAAAAGCCCGUUCCAACAUAAACAAAAUACCGCGAUCGCGCUAAUUGAUCGCGCCAUUAAGUUAACAUGUGGGGCGAAGCGGGAAGAAACGUUAAAACAAGCGACACAAAUCCUAGAAAGAAACAACUACCCCUCCUGGUUCAUACAGAAACAAAAAAGACUCCGCAUACACAAACACUACAACACCUUGGAGGCCGACAACCCAACUACACUCCCACAGAAAUAUGUUUCCGCACCUUAUGUGCCUGGUCUUAGCGAAAAGUUGAAGAAAGUCUUAAGAAAAAAUGACGUCACUCUUGCUUCUAGACCGCAAAACAAAAUAAAAAACCAAAUAUUCAGCAAACUGAAGGACCCUAUUCCACCAGGGAAACAGAAGAACGUGGUGUACUGUAUACCAUGUGGGGCUGACGAGAAGGUGUACAUCGGCCAAACGAAAAGGAUGCUAGAAGUAAGAGUGGCGGAACACAAGAGUGACUGCCGAGGUAGAAACCCGAAAUCGGGCCUGGCAGUCCACAAAAUGGAAGAAGGACAUAUCUUCAACUUCGAUCAAGUGAAGAUUUUGGAUCGAAUCCAAGACCAGGCAACCAGGAACAUAUCAGAGGUGUUUCAUAUUAAGAAGAGAGGCGAAGAUCUCACUGUGAACCUACAGAGAGAGUGUGGGAACUUCAACUCGGCUUACAACGGGCUUUUAGCUCAGUUGCGAAGACAACCGUGAGAGGAAAACUGCGUGUAUGAGAGAAUGAGUGAAACAGCAUAAUGGGUGAAAGUAGGCAUGAGAUGGGUGUUGUAAAUUAGUAUUAUAUAACUGACGAAGUUGAAGGGGUGAUUCCAGCUGAAUGCGUCUGAUGAUGACCGAAGAAUAGUAGGUCGAAACGCGUCACGCAAAAUAAGCUGUUUCCGUUAUUUUUCACCGAUAAUUGCCAAUAAAACCGCAUAAUAAUCGUUCACGGUGAUCAACCCCGGUCAGUUAUCGUCUCUUAGCAUCGUAGAUAGGAAGAGAUUCAGGAGGAAUGGCUUGUGGUGAUUAUCCGGCGGAAGUAGAGGCAAAGGGGGCUCAUAAACUUCUACGUUGUCCGGAUUGUUGACAAAGGCCAAAUCGAGCAGUCGACCGUUAUGGUUAUAUACGUUUAGUACCUGAAACAGUCCCGAUGCUACCACUGAUUCCGUCAAAGAGAUUUCACUUUCUGAUGACGCGUUGUUCGGCAGAUACGCAUUGAUGUCGCUGUCGUAACGCCACGUAAGACGAGAUAAAUUGUAGUCGCCGAGUGUUAGUAUCGUGUCGUUAUUUGAUGCUGCAUCGCAUAUUUCUUGGAUACAUGAAGCAUGCUGUUCGUACACAGAAGGGGCAGUGUCAGGUCUGAUGUAAA